CAGUGACACAGGAAAGAUGACAUACAAAAAGGGCAGGACCUGAGAAAGGUUAAGCUGCAGGCUCCCUGCCCAUAAAACAGGGUGUGAAAGGCAUCUGAGCAGCUGCCCCACCAUGGCUACCUGGGCCCUCCUUCUCCUUGCAGCCAUGCUCCUGGGCAACCCAGGUUUGGUCUUCUCUCGUCUGAGCCCUGAGUACUUUGAAGUGGCGACAGCCCACCCGUGUGACAAGGAGCAAUCCUGCCUGUGCCUGGCCCAGGAGGGCCCCCAGGGUGACCUGUUGAUCAAAAUGCAGGAGCUGGCCUUCGACUGCAAGACCUGUCUAAGGAUAAUCCAGACACUGAAGGUUAUGGUGAAACAGCCCACCCAGCGAAGCAUUUCCAAUGCUGAGACCCGCGUGUGUAGGAAGGUGAGCUCACAAUGGCGUGACGUCUGCAAAAAUUUCAUGAGGAGGUAUCAGCCUAGAAUUACCCAGGGCCUCUUGGAGGGAGAAACUGCCCAGGAGAUCUGUGUGGACCUCAGGUUGUGUGAACCUUCUAUGGGUUCCCUCUGAGCCCUCUCACCCUGUCCUGUGGAAGAAGCAUAGGCUCCUGUCCUCAGAUCCCGGGAACCUCAGCAACCUCCACCGGCUCCUCGCUUCCUCCGUCCAGAAUCCACUCUCCAGUCUCCCUUCCCCGACUCCCUCUGCUGCGCUCCCCUCUCAGGAGAAUAAAGUGUCAAGCAAGA